AUGUUGAAGAACAAGCCGAACGGGCAUCUGCCGGAGGAGUUGGUGAUCCAAAUCCUGUUGAAGCAGUCAGUAAGAGAUCUUCUCCGGUGGAAGAGUGUCUGCAAGUUGUGGUUUACCAUCAUUAACAAUCCCUCCUUCAUCGAGCAACAUCUAGAGGUAAUCAGAAAUAAUCAGAAUAAUAAUAAGAGUAGUAAUGCAUAUUUUAUUGUCAAUUCUUGGAGUAGAACAAGUAAGGAACAAUGUAUCUCCAUAGUUUCUUAUCAAACGCUUGCAUCAAUUCCGGAAAUUCAUCGAGUAGGAUUCGCAUCUCCUCAUACUAUCUGCAUUGUGGGUUCAUGUAAUGGUAUUGUAUGCCUUAUCGUUCCUAACAAAAGCAAUGACUAUGAGACUUCACUACUUCUAUGGAACCCUGCAACCAAGCAAACAAAAUAUCUCAAUGUCCCAUAUUCUUGCUCCUUAAAAGAUCAUUACAAGAGGGACUGUUGUGAUAAUAUCGGAUUUGGUUUCGAUGUAAAAUACAAUGAUUACAAGGUGAUCGCAGUUGCCGAACCUCUUUGCCCUUUUGGAGUUAAGGUCUACAGCUUAAAAAAUAAUUCAUGGACAAUGUGUUCAAGCUGUUCAAAAGAUGAUAGUUGGGAUAGAAAUAAUCUGACUUAUUGGGGUGUUUGCUCUGGUGGAAUGUAUUCGUGGACAGCGAAAGGGAAAAGAAGAAUAGGAAAUCAUAAGGAGGAGGUGAUAAUCUCAUUUGACAUGACCAAUGAAGUGCUAAUAUCAACACCAUUGCCUAGUAUUACAGAAAUUAAACCUCGUAGUGAUUAUAGAACUUGUCCCACACUGCCAAUUAACGGAUCGCUUGCUGUUGUUUAUGAUAUGUAUAGCAAUGAGAAAGAUGUUUGGCUACUUGGUGAAUAUGGUGUUAAAGAGUCUUGGACUAAACUAUUUAGUUUUAAGUCCAUUGAAGAUGAAUGGCCAUUUGGAUUUCUGAGAAAGUCUAAUUCUGAGAAGUUGCUCCUAAUUAUUAGAACAACAACAGAAGAGUUGGUUUUGUUUGAUCCUAUUACGGAAGAAAGAAAUAGUCUCCCAAUUUUAAAAAACGGGACAAUAGUAUUGCAAUUGGAAGUUAAUUUCACAGAAACCUUAGUUUCCAUUACAUGA